GCGGCAGCAGACUCGACUGCGAGGCUGAAGACGACUCAGGAGGAGGAAAUUGUCGGAACAUGUGUCUCUAAAACUCUUCCUGGCUUCGAAUCAUGCCGAGCACAUGCUGGCCGAUCGUAUCUAGGCUUUGAAUCACUCCCUCCUGCCUCUGGCUGA